AUGUACUUCACUCUCUAUUUCCUCGUCACCUGCCUCCCUGACACUCUUAGCUCAGUCAGGGACCACUUCCUCGUGCUAGACCCCCCCACUCUCACUGUCGACGACUUCGAGAAGCACCUCCUCGCAGCAGAGAAGAACAUCCUCGCUGUAGGUGCUGCUCGUGGCACUCCUCGCUCUCCCCUCUUUGAGGGGUGCUCCCCCUCCCCUCUCACCCCCUCCUAUGCCUCGGCAGCUGCUGCUCAUGACUACCUUGGUGCUGAGGAGGUCGGGGCUGCUUCCGCUCCUAGUGGGAAGCGUCGCAGCGGCAGGGGCAGCAAGGGUGGCAGGGAAGGUGGGGGUCGCGGUGGAGGUGGCGGUGGUGCAGGCGGCGGGGGAGGUGGAGGUGGUCGUGGGGGUGGAGGUGGUGGAGGCGGUGGUGGGGGCGGUGGAGGCACUGGGAGCGGUGGAGGUGGUAGCAGUGGCGGUGGGGGAGGAGGGAGCGGUGGUGGCAGUGGUGGUCAGGGCCAGCAGCAGACGCAGGCGCAGCAGCAGCAGCAGCGUCAGCGCCAGACCCCCACUUCCCAGCAUCUUCUUGACUGGGAUGCCGGGCGUGGGGCUUCUGGGGGUCCUGGUCGCUGCCCCUAUAUCAUUCGCACAGGUCCCCGCACUAGUCGCCAGUGCACAGGGUUUCACACUGAGCAGCGCUGCUUUGCUUGGCUUAGCGACGCUUGGCGCGCCAAGUUUCCUAAUGCUCCUAAGUUCCCCAACUGGGCAGAGCUGCUUAGGCGUGAUGUACCUAUCUUUGAUCUUGACUAUGAGGCUAUUUUUGCUGCUAUGUAUGCAUUGUCUGUUAGUGCUGAGGGUGACUGCUACUUGUGUGUGCCGCCGGAUCCUGGUAUAGCCCCUGGUAUAGUGCCUGCAGCACUAGGUGCUUUUUCGCAGUCACUCCCCUCCCUGCACCUGUUUCUGUCUCACUGGCUGACCCCUCUGGGGGCCCAGUGCUUGCACGGUCUUCCACCGUGCUUCCGUGUCCGGCGGUCCCGUCUGGUGAGCAGUCUGGUCUCCACCUCCCCUCGUUCUCUACGAACUUGGUCUCUGCCUGCCCUCCCUCCCUCGCCUGCGCCGCCCUGCAUUCCUUGCGUCGAGGGGCAGCAGCGCGCCGCUCCUCCCUCCUCCUCGGUCCCUCCCACAGAGGCUCCACUACAGACUCUCCACCUGGACAUGUGGGGCCCAGCCCGCGUCCGUGGACAGGGCCACGAGCGGUACUUCCUGCUGGUUGUCGACGACUACACGCGUUACACCACGGUCUUCCCCUUGCAGCGCAAGGGGGAUGUCCCUGAUCUUUUGAUCCCCGGGAUCCGCGCUGCUCGUCUCCAGCUCCGCGAGUGGUUCCAAUCAGACUUUCAUGUCCUACGUCUGCACUUUGACAGAGGUGGUGAGUUCUCCUCAGACCUCUUGGCGGCCUUCUGUGCGGAGCACGGCAUCCACCAGACUUUCACGCUUCCGGCCUCUCUGCAGCAGAAUGGGGUUGGUGAGCGCCGCAUUCGCUUAGUCAUGGAGGUCGCUCGUACCUCCAUGAUCCAUGCGGCUGCCCCCCAUUUUCUGUGGCCGUUUGCAGUCCGGUACGCCGCGCAUCAGCUCAACCUUUGGCCCCGUGUCUCCUCGCCGAAGACCUCGCCCACACUGUUGUGGACGGGGAAGGUUGGCGACGCGUCGCGUUUCCGGGUCUGGGGUGCUCGUGCUUUUGUCCGCGAUACCGCUGCGGACAAACUCUCCCCUCGCGCCAUUCCUUGCAUCUUCCUUGGCUUUGUCCUUGACGCGCUUGGCUGGCAGUUUUACGACCCCACCUCGCGCUGUCUCUUUGCGUCUCACGACGUCACCUUUGACGAGUCGGUCCCCUUUUACCGCCUCUUCCCCUACCGCACUGCUCCUCGCCCCCUCCCGCCGCUCUUUCUCGCCCCAGGUCCUCCCCAUGUAGACCCCCUCCCUGCGCUAGGCCCUGCUCCUUCAGGUGUUUCUCAGGUAGACCCUCCCGUCCCUGCGCCUGUUGAGGUCACUGGUGACUCCGGUUCUGCUGGGAGUGGUGCUGUCCCUGGGGCCUGCGCGUAA